AUGGAAAUGCUUAAAGAGGUCAUUGUGCCUGAUGUCGAUAGACCAAGAUAUAGAACAAGGAAGGGUCAUAUAGCAACUAAUGUGUUAGGUGUAUGCACACAUGACCUCAAAUUCGUAUAUGUGUUAUCCGGUUGGGAGGGAUCAGCUACUGCUUCAAGAGUUCUUGGUGACGCUGUUACUAGAGCUAAUGGUCUCAAGGUCCCAACUGGUAAGAUAGACAAAAUGUAUAUGGCGGUUGAUCCUGAGGAAAAUGCAAGGCUUGCAUUUGAUGAAUUGCCUAUAAUGGAAGAUUUACCAGAAAUAUUAGCCUACAUUGAAACCGUUGAGUCAAGCCAGACAUGGACUCAAUGGAAGGAUGAUCUUGCAAGAGAAAUAUAUGAUGAGUGGAAAGGAAUGAGAGCUUGA